UAAUUUUCACUUCGUAUUGUUUUACGGCAAAGACCGUAGGGCAUCAUCUAAUCUGUAACCUGCCACUGUUUUACCUUUGCCUCUUUCAUAUUUAGCUCUCAGAAAAUCAAUUUUUGAAAUAAUCUGAGCAGGUAAAAUUUAGAAAUAAAUUACAUGGAUAAAAUUUUUAUACUGACCUGAAAUUGCACACAAUAUCUUUCUUUCCUUCUUCCUUCACAAACAAGAGAAGAAACUCAUAGAAGAAACUUUACUAUUAGCACAGAAGCCUGAUUACAAAGGGCAAUUACUAAUUUUGAAGUACACAAGAAAGGCAUGACCUGAUUACAGCGCAAUGAUUAAGAUACAGAUAUAGAUUAAGAUUAGGAUAUACUGAUAUGACCGGAAGAGCAAAAUUAAAGUCACCUUUCUAACAGCUAGUGACUUAAAAAAGAUUUAUACUCUGCAGAAGUGGAAGUCAAGCAAAGGUUAUUCUCAUUUUACUUUUAUUCUGAAACAUUUAGGUUCAUACCAUCUCAUCUGUUUCCGUGGAAGCUAGGAAAUUACACACCUUUGAAAUAGUGGCCCUUAUCCUGAUUCUGAAGCAUUUGUACAUGCAUGGUUCACUUAAUAUGAUCCGGAACUGAUGAGUUAUUUACAAUGUAAAAUCAAGCACAUAUCUGCAGGAGUUGAAAAUCAUCAAGUCUUUUUUCAAAGAUGUGUCCCACUUUGACAUUUUUUUUUCAGUCUCUGAAGGAAUCUUUUACAGAACUGUUAAUGGUGCUGAAUGGUCAUUCUCAGACAGUGAGAAGUAUAGUUGGAGCCAGACUCUUCUUUCUAAGAUGAGCAGUUCCUUUGCCAUAAUUAGACAUUGAAGCACCCUUCACAAAAAAACAGUCGUUUCUUUAAUAAGUGACACUGAACACUAUCCCAGCCUAGAGCAGCUUUUUCAGUUUGAAAUACAAAAGCAGUCAAGUCUCAAAAACUUCAAAGAAUGCUUUUCAUUUUCUUUCCUCCUUGAUCCACUGAUAGAGCAGUUCAUUUUUCUUGAAUUUUGUGAAAUGACUUUUUCAGUCAUCAGACCUGUGUAACAAAUCACAGUCUCAAUCACCAAUGCUCCCAUUUGACUCAUCUGCUUUUGCUUUGGCCUUUGGGUAGGAAGCUUCAUUUCUGUAACAUUUUCUAAAUUCACUGUUGUGAACUCUACUCCUUCGGUUGCACUUUGCUCCAUUUUAAAAAAUAAUUGCAUUUCUUGCAACAUAAUGUGUUAGUCUCAGGUUUUUACAUUUCACUAGAACCCACAUUUUCUUUCUUACAUAGAACAAUGUCUUAUCUUAAAAAGUACAAUUUUAUGGCAUGCUACCACUAUAAUGUGGUGCUUUUUAAGUAGUAAAUGCUAUAACAUAACAUUUGUACAGAAUUCUCAGUUUCAUUCUACUAACUCAGAGCAGCAAUAAGGCGCUUGUACUCUCAUGUAUAUUGCUUUGCUUCUUGUGGUCAAAGAUUUCCUAAUUUCUGAAUUUUUCUGUUGCAGUCUAUUCUAAGACAGUAUCUCCUCUGAGGAAAAGUCUCUAACAAGACAGACUGUCAAUAAUUCUAAUCUUUCACAAUGUGGAAAAGGCUGGAAAGAUAUCAAGUUCCUUUCCUCCAGGCUUUUUCUGCCUCAGAGCAAAUAGGCCAACUUUGCAUAGGUAUGUCCUGCAGGGAAUGUAGUUAGUCUUUUUCAAGGUGUAAGAACAAAUCCUGUAAUAUGAAUUAUAUUUUCAACCAGCUAUUUACAUUUCCAGGUAUUUGAUCCAGUAAUGUACAAAUCAAAAAGCUGCAAAAGCUCAGAGCACAGUAAUCUCAUCUACAAGGCUGCCCCAGAAUAGCAUACAAUGGGCUGGGUUCGGAUCCUGUGUACAGGGCCCAACUGGGAAAGAAGUGCUGUCAUUUCCCAUUAACAGUGAUGCAGCUGAGUUGAGCCUAAUCACUUUAACUUUGUUUUUAUGUAGUCAGUUUUCCCGUUUUCUUGGGAAUUGUAUGACAAUUGCAGAUUUUAGCCUACUUCCAUAACCGCAAAGGUUAGGCAUCAAUCUUCAAAAGACAAAUAAAUCUGAACAGCUAUGUUAUUAAAAAUGGAUGGUGAACACUCCACAGAAAAGGAAGACGGAAGCAAAAAAAAAAAAAAAACAGCUUUUGAACACCACAAGAACUGUAUAAAGCAUUUGGCCCUAGAGAAAUAAAGUCAGAGCUGUUUGAUCAAAAAUCCCUGCAUCCUGAGUGAGAAUCAAGGUUUCACAAACGCACACAAGUUUGACAAGAUUCAGCCGGUCAGAGGCCCUUUGACUUGCCAAACAUCUUUCUCCUGCCCCUACUGUACUGCUCCUCUGCCAGCUCAUUUCCAUUUGCACAUUUCCUGGGUGGGCCUCCCCAGCACGGGCUGUGCCAUUGCGUUCAUCCUGACCCAGUUGUUCAUAUUUCCCUUUCCUGAAGUUUCACCCUGAGCCCUCACUUCUCACAGUCCUCCCUCACGCCUUCUGGGGUAACUUCUGUGGUCAUCUUUCCAGGUGGCUUCCCUGUAUGGUGUGGAGUUUCUCCCCAGAGCCUUGGAGCAGCCAUCCCUGGGGAGGCUGAGGCUGAAGAGCCAAGCCAAGGCGUGGCAACAGCUGGGGCAGAGCCCUGAGGGAAAGGCUGCGAGCGGGCCCAGCCUACCCUGCCCUCCCCUCAGUGCAUUCCCUGGCUUUAAGCAGCCAGUCCUGCCCAGAGCAGUGAGCCCUCACACUUGUGGGACCUGCCCACAAGUCAGAAAUGAACCUGGAUACUUUGUUCCAACAAAUUCAGCUCACAGAGAAGCAGGUGGGGGAGAAGAGGCGCCUCAUCCAACAAGUUAAAUUUGACAUAAACAAAUAUCAUGAAAAAACUAACCAACUAAAAGAAGAGCUGAACACUGCAAAAAUAAAAUUAGAAGCUAAGGUUCAACAGCUGUCUGAAAAAAUGUUCUUCUUAGAAAUUUUGAAGAAACGUGAAGACAGCUUAGAGAGACAGAAAGCUGAACUUAUUAACCAGAAAAGCAUUCUUCUCAAAAACUUUACAGAUGCAAAGAGAAAAAUGACUGAAGAGGAAGAUAAUUUUACUAGGGAAGUAACAGAGUUCAACAAUGAGUAUGGACUAACAAGCAAUAGAGAACAUCAGAUUAAAAAAAAAGCCAAGACUGAAAUAAAUGAUUUAGAGAAUGAAGCUGCUGUGUUAAAAAAUGAAAUGGAGUCAAUGGAACAUAAGAAUGUUCAGUUAAAUGCACUCCAGCUGCAGAAGAAUGAAUUAAAGCAGGAAUUAUUUACUCUCGAAAGUGAACUCAAAGACCUUGAGAAAUUAAUCAAGGAGGCUGAAGGAACAAUGAAAGAUUUAGAAGCAGAAAAAGUCCAAGUGACUGAAAAACCUCAGACCAAUCCAGAAUGUUUAAGGCUUAGGAAAGAAUUGGAAAACUACAAGGAUGAUGACUGGGAAAGCAUCUAUGAGACUCUUCGAACGGAAGUUGAAAUUCUGCAAAUGAAACUAUCACAGAAAAAGUCUUCAGACAAGUGAAUAAUGUGUGGCACAUCUUAUGAAGUGUCAUAGAAGUUAGGCUUUGAGUACUGUAAAACAAUUUUAUGCAGGCUCUCUCAGGAUUGCCUUUUGUGUUCCUCAUUUGGUUAAGCCACAGUUUGUAUCUGCCUUUAUUUUACAUUAAAAUUGAUUUUUUAUUAAUUUAAAAGUGGGGGGAGGAGUUUUUGUUUGUCUUUUCUCUUUUUCUCUGUGUUUACCCUCCCUCAAAUUAUCAGCUGUCCAUCCUUAGAUUCCUCUGUUGCUCAUGAAUGGACAACAACGUCACCUACUACACGUACAGCCGAGUUCCCAUAUUACAAACUCUAUUCCCUAUGCACUGUUUUUUAGAAGGAGCAUUCUCCUUUUAAGUUAGUGAUGUGGUCUCAUUUGAGAGGAAGACUGCUAUUG